AUGGCACCCGCGGAGCCAAACGCACCCCCAUUUCGCCCAAAGGGCAAGUUGCCCCAUUUCGAGGAUGAAUUGGAAGAUUGGAAGGGAUACAUUGAAUGGGAAAAGUAUCCCGAGAAGAAAAAGCAGGUGGAGGAGAUCCUGAAGCAAUACGACUUUCCCGACCCUCCUGAAUUCCAGCUUGUUCCUUUGCCCAAGACGAAUCCCAUCUUGACCGGAGAGCGGUUCAAACAGUACCACUAUGCUACGGGCCUCGGCCAUUUGGUCGACACCAGCUGGCAGUAUGUGCUCAAGGAAAAGGCCGAGGACAUGGUGCAUGUCCUCCAAUUUCCAUACAACGGAGAGCCUCCCGGAGACCGUCUUGUUUCAACCGAGAUCACCCGCAACGAAGACUUUUUCGUCCGCAACCAUGGCGGUGUUCCUGAAAUUGAUGCUGACAAGUAUUUUCUCGAGAUCGAUGGCCUCGUCAACAAUCCCAAGCGUCUCACCCUCGCCGACCUGCAGAACGAAGAGUUAUUCCCUCGCGAGACCAAGGUCGUCAGUCUCCAAUGCUCCGGUACGCGCCGGCUUGAACAAAUCCGCCAAUAUCCCGGCGAUGGCGACGAGCUCAUCAACGCUCCUUGGGGUGAAGGCGCCAUCGGUACCGCCCGCUGGACCGGUGUCUCUCUCAAAAAGGUCAUCAAGCAUUGCGGUGGACUGAAAGACGGCGCAAAGCACAUUGAGCUUUUCGGUGCUGACACCUACUUCAAGAAGGGCAAGGUGUACAACUACGUUGUAUCCAUUCCCUGGCGCAAGGUCAAGAUCCACGAGGUGCUCCUGGCAUGGGAGAUGAACGGCAAGCCGUUGCCCAAGAUCCACGGCUUCCCCCUCCGUGCGGUCGUCUAUGGGUACAUCGGCGCCCGAAGCUGCAAGUGGCUGUACAGGAUCCGCGGUAUCACGGACCCGAGCGAGGCGCCCGUCCAGAGAAAGGAGUACCUCUACUACACUCCUCAGAUCGGCAAACAGAACGCCUUGUACAGCAACGGCUUCUCGAUCCAGGACAUGCCCGUUUCUUCGGCGAUUAUCUCUCCCAAGGAUAUGGAUGUCAUCACGCACGACGGCAAGGUCAAACUGAGAGGCUGGGCCUUCUCGGGGGGUGGACACUGGCCGAUUCGCGUGGAGGUUAGUCCUGAUGGAGGCGCCAUCUGGUAUGAAGUGCCGACAGAGAAUAUGUCGACCAAGUACUACUACGCUUGGAGACUUUGGGAGAUCGACCUGCCUGUUGAUCCCGAGGGCUGGCUGGAGUUUUGCGUGAGGACGUGGGAUAAUGCCAUGAACACCCAGCCGACAUAUGUCAGAUCUGCCUGGAACUGGGAUUUGCACGUCACCUCCUCUUGCCAUCGUAUCAGGGUCUACAGCGUCAACCGCUCGAAGCCUCUUACCGCAGCGCGGUUGAAAGCAUUGGAAGAGCACGGUAUACCGCUCACGCCCAUUACCAAACCUUUGCCCAUCGAGCUCGAGACGGACGAGCAAUACCAGGCGUCCAUGGCAGAGCAACGCGGACGGGACCCUCUUGAGUAGGUAUGUCUGAGGGGUUUCUGAUACGGUGAACGUCGAGAAUUGGAGAGGUCUAUGACGUGAAGGUCCUCUGUGCAAUCUGGUCAACCAUCGUCAAGAUUCAAUCCUUUUUGUUUUCUUUUUUUUUGUUUCACAUACCGGCCUGAACUCAAAUAUGUCGUAAUAGUUUUAGCUCAUGAACGUGAUGGCCAUUGAAUGCAUGGCCUGCUUGCAUAA